UAAAGCCAGUUAUGCGAAAGCUUGGAGACAGCAACCAAAAAGACGUUGAGCUCAAAGUGUACUACUGUCCUUACUGUAACUCGUAAGCGAGAAUGCCAGAAGAAAUGUCCCAACUAGGCAACGGAGAAGCCACCGAUCUUCCGAAGUGGCUCGAUAAAAAAUACUUUGAGCAAACCUUGCGAAAAGUGAAGAACGAUUCAACAAUUGAGGUUCAAUCGGUGGAGGUGAAAUAUGCAUUUCCGAAGGGAGUAAACUAUGCGAGUGUAAUCUAUCGGGUACGAGUUAGUUUCCGUACUAAGGAUCAGUUAACGUGCAGCCGAAGUUACAUAGUGAAAGGGAUGCCGGUUGAAGCAAUGGCUAAGCAGAAACUUGGCGAGUAUAAUGUCCACGGGAAGGAAAUGGAUAUUUAUCAAGUGGUAAUUCCGGAGUUUAAACGGCUAAUGAAGUCGAUAGGUGAUCGCUCCUGCCAAUAUCCAAGCACUUUGUGUAUUGAUAGGGAAAAGGAAGUGAUCGUGUUCAAAGAUUUGUCACCGCUGGGAUACGUGAUGGUAGAUAGACUAGAAGGAUUGGAUGAGGUCCACACGAAAAUGUCACUCAAGUUAAUGGCAAAAAUGCACGCCAGUUCCCUUAAAUUGGCGGAAAUACGUCCAAAAAUUUUUGAUGGAUACAAAACCGGUAUGAUGACGCGGGAAACUGAUGCAUUUUAUCCUAUGUUUUACUCAAACUUAGAUGCUUUAACAGAAGAGAUAAAUUCUUGGGGUUCUGAUUGGCAUUAUUAUACAACCAAGCUACGACAGCUAAGACCUCAUUUCGUUGAACAAGGUCUUAAGGUAUUCGAUCAUCAAUGCGAGGAUGACCUACGUGUCCUAGUGCAUGGCGAUUUAUGGAUCAACAAUCUACUGUUCAAAUAUGAUGCCAGCGGAAGCCCGAUCGAUGUGAUACUACUGGAUUUUCAAUUUUGUUGCUACAGUACACCGAUUAUCGAUUUGUGUUACUUUUUCUUCACGUCAACCAAAGACGCAAUUCGACAGAACCACUUCGAAGAGUAUGUGCAAUACUACUACUAUCACCUGGCGAAAUACACAGCAAAACUUAAAUAUUCGAAAAAAUUCCCCACAUUGCAUCAAUUCCAGCAACAAUUGCUGAAAAAAAUGUUUUACGCCGUGUACUCUACCUUCAUAGCAUUACCCAUUCAAAUCAACGAGGACACAACCGAUGCCGAUUUCGAGGCACUGAUGGGGAACGACGAACGGGCAAAUCACUUUCGGCGGGUCAUUAUGGCGAACGUGAACUAUCACAAAAUUAUGAAAGGUUUACUGCCUAGUUUCGACCGUAAAGGUUUGCUGGACAAACUGGAUUGAUGGCGGCUGCGCUUGGCGACCUUUGGUGGUUGUUUGUUACUAUGGGUGGUUUGUAUCUAGUGCAUCCAGUGUCGCCAAGGGGAGAUAGGGAAUGUUUAUUCCUGAAGCCAAUUUUAAGUGAUAGCUAAUACAGCUUAGUUGAAACUAUGUAACGCUAGUUGAAAAAAGGUUCGACAGUGGCAAUCCAACGGUAUUACACGCAAAAGUUUCAUCCCUAACCGAUUAUUGUGUUCUUUCAAUUCAAGGUUUGUAAUCCCGGGAACGAUUUCCCGAGAAUUACCUAUACCCGGGAUUCCCGGAUCCCGGGAAUAGAAAUAUUGAUUCCCGGGAUUACCGAGCUCCUCGAAAAAUUUUCCAUACGAUAUUGCAAUAAAACUAAAUAUCGUAUCAAAACACGAAACUUACGCCGUAGAAGUGUAAAGCAGCCGUGUAAUAUCAAAUUAUUUGCUAAAUUUAUAUGUCAAAAAUAUAUGCAGUAAACGAUAAAUUAAGAAA